ACGUGAACUUUGUUGGCCUGCGCGUUGAGGACCUGUUUUCUCUCAAAACAAAAGAACGAUCAGUACAACCUUAUUACCACACCCGGAAGACGGACGUCCGCUUUACGACGAAGUACUUAGCGUCAAGACCACCUUGCCGCAAAACAGUUGACCUGGAACGCUCAAGACGCCAAGGAACACCUUAUAAGUGUGUUGGGACCGCAGCUUGCUCACCAGACACCAGUCGGCGAUUGAAGGCGACACGCACACCCGGCACACACAACUCAGUCUAGCAGGGAGAAAGGGACUCGCUACCGCCAUCUGAGGAUCACACAGCGGAAGGAAGACUACAAACAGGACAUUUCCUUGUCACACCGAAACUUUCAGCGACAAAAAUGGUGACGACGACAGUUCCUGAGAAGCACCUGAGGUUGAUGAUACUGACUCUGUGUUUAGUACCAGCGUUUUCACAAGAUGGAAUUUUCUACGAUGACUGCCCUGAGAGUUACAGCGGUUAUUGCCUGAACGGGGGGACGUGUACCAUAUUACCUGGGCUGCCGGAGGAUCAAGCGAUCAGAUGCAGUUGCCCAUCUGACAAAGUAGGAGAGCGAUGUGAGAACAGCAACCCUAAUUCUCAAACUACAGCGAGAGGGCCUGAAGGCGAGAUCCGAGCUGUGUACAUCGUUGUGGGCGUUCUUGGGGGACUCCUGCUCAUAGCCACAGUUGCCACAGUGGUCUACUUCUGCAGACGAAACAAGCAUGAAGGCGAAUGUGAAGGAGAACAGAAACUUAAUGGCGGCGAGAUGUCCUCAACGAGCAAAGUCAUCACUACAAUAGUAUAGUUGCACGUGCAGGCUGCCAAAAACGUACUCAAGAUUCAGAGGCAACAUUAUUUAUUUCUCAUCUAUUGUAAAAACAGCCAACUUUGCCGGGCGUGCCUGAUAUGUAUUCUAUUGCUGAGAUCUGUACAUAAUCUAAAUAUGUUUGUAUCUACAUAUCAUGUAAAUAUAUUCUGUACCUCUUAACGAAACUCAUGAUCGCAUUUGGUGUCAUUGAUGACGAUAUUGUGAUAGGUAAGUGAAAACGUGUGAACAGGUCUAGGUGUACAGUAAAAUAUUUUGGUUAUUUAAAUCCUGAUUAUCAAAUUUGAAUACAUAGACAUAAAAUUCAUUAGAUUGUGUUGAGAGUUGUUUCACACCGCAUAGUUCAUUUUGACGACUGUUAUCAGUAAAGUAUACUAUAAAGUAUAUCUGUGGCUGUGAUAAUUAUAUGUUCACUACUUGUAAAUAGCUUGAUUGAUACCCUAGAUAUCUAGAUUGAUACCUAGAGCAAGGAUUGUAGUGACAGAUUGAACUGCGUUGACUGAGUUGGAGGCAUCCUUCCUUCCCACUUGUCUGUGACAAAAUAAAGUAUCUCAAUACCAUAAAA